AUGGAGCCCGAACGAUUACCAUGGGAAGACAACCGGGGUCCGAUCCGCCAGAAGCUACUGGAAAGGGGCAUUAUGUUCCAAGACGCAUAUAAUCUCGACAAUAACAACGUCAUCGUGCACAUCGAGGUCUCCCAACAGGCCAUUGAAGAGAAUCUACCGGAUUUCGCUUUGCGCAACGAUUACCCAGUCAAAAACCCCGGCCUCCCGAUGCUCUUAUCCGCCUUCUUGAAAGCGGCUCUGGAUUCUCUGAGGGGUCGUAUCGAGAGGAAACAAAUAAGGAUCCCAUACGAUGGCUCCAAGCACCACCUGGUUUGCACAUUCCAGCCCAGGGCUAACAGAGCAGGUCGUGUGUUGGAGGAGUUGCAUAAGCAGAUGAGAUUGGACUUUGUGGGUCUGGAUUUCGAUGUUCAGGCGACACAGUUUUUCCCUUACAGGACGACGUUUCUCCAAAUGGAUUACCGCCGGCCGAUAGUGGGUAACUAUGACAUUUUCUUGGACUGA